GUUUUUGUGGGAAAAUUGAAAAUCUGCACCAAAAUUGUUGUCACAUUUCUCUCGCAUCCCAUUAAUAGUCACUCAUAUAUCGCAUACAAGACAUGACACAAACAAUGGCGCCACAACACGGCUCGAAUGUAUUGCACGACUCGCAACGCAUACACGAUAGACAGCACCUGAAGGAGCACUUGCACGGAGCGGUCGGCGCCGACGAUCUCAGCAAAAUGUCUGAAGAGGAGCUCCAGUUUCACUACUUUAAAAUGCAUGACAAC